CGGUGGGCGUGGCUUCGGGGCCCUGUUGUCUGCGCUCCCCCAUCGGCGGCCAUGGAGGACCCUUCGCGGUUGAUGGCACCGCACGGAGCCGGGGUCGCCCUUCAGGGUGGUCUCCCCCCCGGGGGUCCCGCUGCCCCAACCGCUACUUCGGGGGAUCCGAGCUCUGUGCCCCCCCCGGCCCCUCCCCCUCACGAUACGGGCGACGUUUUGCAGCAGAUUAUGGCCAUCACCGAUCAGAGCUUGGAUGAGGCCCAAGCGAGGAAACACGCCCUGAACUGCCACAGGAUGAAGCCUGCUCUGUUCAGCGUGCUCUGCGAGAUCAAGGAGAAAACAGUGUUAAGUAUUCGUGGUAUUCAGGAAGAAGACCCCCCCGAUGCCCAACUAAUGAGACUAGAUAACAUGUUGCUGGCGGAGGGCGUCUCCGGCCCCGAGAAAAGAGGAAGAGGAGCACCGAUGGCUGUAGCAGCAACACCAGGUGGCUGUCCAAAUGACAAUAGCAUUGAGCACUCUGACUACAGGGCCAAGCUGUCACAGAUCCGACAGAUUUACCACUCUGAGCUAGAGAAAUAUGAACAGGCCUGCAGCGAGUUCACCACCCACGUCAUGAACCUGCUCAGGGAACAGAGCCGGACCAGACCCAUUUCUCCCAAAGAAAUCGAGCGGAUGGUGAACAUCAUCCACGGCAAAUUCAGCACCAUCCAGAUGCAGCUGAAGCAGAGCACGUGCGAGGCGGUGAUGAUCCUCCGCUCGCGCUUCCUCGAUGCAAGACGUAAGCGGCGUAACUUCAGCAAGCAGGCAACAGAAGUGCUGAAUGAGUAUUUCUAUUCGCACCUGAGCAAUCCUUACCCCAGCGAAGAGGCCAAAGAGGAGCUGGCAAAGAAGGGUGGCAUCACCGUUUCGCAGGUUUCCAACUGGUUUGGUAACAAAAGAAUUCGGUACAAGAAGAACAUGGGGAAGUUCCAAGAAGAAGCCAACAUUUACGCUGCGAAAACGGCAGUGGAUGCAACCAAUGUUGUGGCUCAGGGCAACCGGGCAAACUCCCCAUCGACACCAAAUUCGGCUUCCUCUGGCUCUUUUAAGAUGACCAAUUCCGGAGAUUCCUUCAUAAAUUUGCAGUCGUUGACCUCCUACCAGAGCUCCCCGGUGGGAGGCAAUGUGCAGUCACAGAUGGAUUCCUUGCACCAUGUCAUACACCAGGCAGGAAGAUACGACACCAUUGUGGGGAAUCCUUUGUACACGACACAGCGCAUCGACGCGAAUGGCAGCUGGCAGGACGCGACCACCCCUUCAUCCAUCACCUCACCCGCCGGAGAUCCCGGCAGCGUUAAUUCCGACGCGUCCAAUUAAGUCGUUAGGACCCUACCGAUGAGAGGAAAGAGGUCAUUAGUGUAAUUUGUCAGUGUUGCUCUUUUCGCCGAUACUCUUAACGUGACACACAGCUAAUUACCUCAGCCAAACCCUGGAACCAAUAGAAGAUUGUGACGAUGAUUACGACACCUCUCUACCUCUCAGCUGAGUUCUUUUUACUUAUUAUGGGAUGUGAAAUUGUUCUCGAAGAACUUGCUUCCUUCUUCCUAACCAAAUUUGGGGUUGGUUUUCUUUUUCUUUUUCUUUUUUAUUUUUGGUUGGUUUUGUUUUUAAUAUCAAUUUUAUGGCAAGAAACUCAGUGUCUCUUCUAGAAGAAAACCAGGAAAAAAAAAAAAAAGGACUUAUUUUAAUUUCCACAAAGUUUUUUAUGACGAGAUUUCCGUUCGAGCUGAUAGAUGCUAACGAUUUACCCCUCGUAUUGUAACUGUAGGCGUUUAAGCCCUCGCUGUUGUAAUUUUGUAGAGGAAAAUCAGCUUUUCUUACCCACGCUGAGCUCAUUGAGCAGAACGCGGCUUAAACCCC